AUGGUCAAGAUAGCUGAACUCAAGGUAGACCAGUUGAGAUUUUUGUUGAGAGAACGAAAUCUUGCAGCUGCGGGAACCAGAGCAGAGUUAGUGCAGCGACUAGUGGAGUUUGAGGAUUCGGAAGAGGUGGAGAUACCAUCCAGUGGAAACAUGAGUCAACGAGAGGAAUCGAUGACGUCACAAGCGGCAGCCAUUUCACAACUGCAAAAUGAGAUGACCGAGCUAAAGAAUAUGAUGUCGCAGUUGAUGAGCAUGCAGAGGCAGAAUGCAGAUGCAGAUACAGGAGCUAGCAGCCAGCAACGCGCAGAGGAAGUCAGUCGAAAUGUCAGAGGUGAAGAUAUUCCUACUCUUCAAGCAGCAAACAACGUUCGACAUGCGUCGGUAAAAGAAAUUGCGGACACUUUGCCAGAAUUUGAUCCAGGAGACGAGAACGCCAUAUCGGUGCACCAGUUCAUCGAUCGUGUCGACAAAGUGGUUGGCGCGUAUCGAUGGGACGAGAAAUUUUUAUUACUAGCAAUUUAUACAAGGAUCAAGGGACCAGCCAAGUUGUGGUUCGAUUCAUCGCCGGUAGUACAUACAACAUGGAGAGACUUCGCGCAAGCUAUGAGGGACGAGUUUGGAACAAGUCCGGAUGAAGCGGAAGUCCAUUUCAACAUGGCCAAUGCAACCAGACGAGCCAAAGAGACAGUGAAGGAGUACUGUUUCCGAAUGUCAGCCCUAGGAGUGCGGUACACUUUGAGCGAAGCAGCGGUUAUUAGAUAUGUUCGCGCAGGUUUGCAGCACCGAGAGUUACAAAACAGCAUUGCAGCUAUACAAUUUUCAACAAUGAAGCAACUUAGAGAAGCAGCCGAAUCUUAUUUUGUAAACAGAGGCCGAGCCCUAACAAACAAAAAGGAGUUCGUACCGAAAUUCACCAACAUAGAGACAAAGCAAGAUGGUGACACCAAGCCAGCCAAAUCGAAGGAUGCCAAGACGUGUUUCAAGUGUGGCGAGUUGGGACACUUCGCCAAUUCGUGCCCGAGUAAGGAGCAGAAGCCUCGCUGUAACAAAUGCAACACUUUUCACGCAAUCACAGAGAGUUGCCAAGCUGCAAGGGUGAUGCGUUUAGGAGCAUUAAAUCAGGACAAGUUGUUCACCAGAAUCGUACAAAUCAAUUCGAAAAACUAUAAUGCCUUCAUUGAUACUGGUAGCCAGGCUAGUAUUGUGCGACAGUCAGUUGCUAAAGGAUUAAAUACAGAUCGGCAUAACUGCUGUAUGAAGAUAAGCGGCAUAUGUGGAGGAUCAUGUAUUCUUACCGAAAAAAUGGUUAUACAGAUGGACGUCGAAGGAAAAACUAUUGAAGCGAAUCUAUACAUAGCUGACGACGACCUUUUGCAAGAAGACCUUUUGUUGGGACAGGAUGUCAUUUUAAGCGCCCAGUUAUCCCUUAAGUUUGGGCCAGGCGACGCCGAAGUCAAGCGAGCUGUACUACAACCAGAAACCAUCAGAAGCGAAAGUGGUACCCUUAAGCUACUCGCUAAUAUGAGCAAUGAUCAGGAAAGAAACCAAAUGCAUCUGUUGUUAAACAAGUUCGAGGAUGUUUUCUCCACAGGACUGCAAGGAUUAGGAAAAACAAACAUCGUCCAAGCCAAUAUAGCUGUCGAGAGCAACCAGGUAGUUUCUCAACCACCUUACCGAAUUCCCGAGCCGAAGAAGGAAGUUGUCGCCAAGAUGUUGGAUGAGUUGUUGCAGCAGGAUAUUAUCCAGCCAUCUACGUCAGAGUAUGCCAGCCCGGUGGUACUCAUCAAGAAGCCGAACGGUAGUGAUCGACUGUGUGUUGAUUACCGACGCCUCAAUAAACUGCUAAAGAAGGAGAAUUUUCCUGUUCCUAAUAUCGAAGAACGCCUUCAGGAGGCAAAGCAAUUUAAGUAUUUUACCUCACUGGAUUUAAAUAGCGGCUAUUACCAAAUUGAAGUAGCCCCCGAGAGCAGAAAAUUUACCGCCUUCAUCACCACUGUACGAGUACGACUGUACGAGUUUAAGCGACUCCCGUUUGGGUUGAAUGCCCCAGCCAUUUUCAAUCGUCUCAUGGCAGAACUACAAAUGCGCGUGCAGAAAGGAGACAUGAUCCACUACAUGGAUGGAUCCUUAUUGUCUAUUAUGUUCUUAGGACAUAAAAUACACGCCGAAGGAAUCAGCCCUGGAGAAGUAAAGAUGCAAGCCAUUUCCAUGUUUCCAACACCAACUAAUGUUACCGAAGUACGCCAAUUUUUGGGACUCACUGGUUAUUUCCGAAAAUUUGUCGCCGGAUAUGCCAUAAUAUCAGAGCCGUUACGUGUUCUAUUGCGAAAAGCACAACCAUUCAUAUGGGAGCAGCGUCAAGAGGAUGCAUUCAUCGAAUUGAAGAGAAGUCUGACAUCGAGUCCAGUUAUCACAAGCUAUCGCCUAGAUGCUGAACAUGAAUUACACACGGAUGCCAGUGCUGUUGGUUUGGCCGCGGUACUAAUGCAAAAUGAAGCGGGUCAAUUAAAGCCAAUCGCCUAUUUCAGUCGAGCAACAUCGAAGUCCGAAAAGAACUAUCAUAGUUACGAGCUGGAAGCUCUAGCUGUCGUUGAAUCCUUGGAGCGGUUCAAGUACUACGUUUAUGGAAAGAAUGUUCGAGUCGUUACCGAUUGUAAUGCCUUGAAAUCAUCAAUGGAUAAAAAGGAACUUAUACCCCGAAUUGCACGAUGGUGGUUAAGAAUUCAAGAAUAUGAUAUCGAGAUUGUACAUCGAGCUGGAAUACUAAUGUGCCAUGCAGAUGCUUUGAGUCGAGCACCUUAUGAGAACGCCCACGACAUUGAGACGGCAUGUCUGAAGAUUGCCAAAACCCUUAUAGACGAAGCUGACUGGUUAUUCGCAAUACAAUUACAAGAUGAAAGGAUUCGAAACAUUGUCACUGAGAUGAAAGGCGCGAAGAAAACUGAAAACGACGAGUAUGUGAUUGAGCAAGAUCGCCUAUUUCGAAAAUACGACAACAAAUUGCUGUGGGUUGUGCCAAAACAACUAAGAUACCACAUACUUCAUGAGCGCCACUACAAGUCAGUUUAUGCAUCCGAUAAGAUGAAGCGCUGGUGUGAACUUCCAGAGGACGACCAAGAUGACGACGCGGACUGGAAGGACGACGCAUUCUACGAUUCUCGCGAGGACGCUGAGAAUUUAUCAGGAAAGGCCGAAUGUAAGCAGCUGAUCACGAAUCAACUGUUGGGCGAUGUGACCAUCCGUCUGGCACAGUGA